AUGGGUUCCUCAACCCUGCGCCAGACCGUUCACGCGACCGUGAGUUCACUCGCCUUCGCCUCCUCCGAACUCUCAAAGGUCGCUCGCAAUCUACCAUCCACUUAUUCAAGCUAUGUCGCUUCCAACUCCUCUUCCGUAUCCACCAUCGAGAGCAGCCUUCGCUCUUUGACAUAUCUACUGCCUGGUGCUCGCCUCUCCGACACCGAAAUUGCUUCCGAAUCAGUUCAUACAUUCGUCCAGUUACUAUCUAUCUAUCACGAUCAUCUCCUCAAGAAUCGUUCGGCACUGUUGGCUUUGUCGCCGACUGUCCUGAAAGCCCAGAAUUUGAAAAUCCAGAGACCCAAGCCCUCCCUUCAUGCCCGCUAUACCACCUUUUGGUCCACCUCCUCCUCUCUCUACACCAAGAUCGCGACUUUACUGAAAAUUGCACAAUACACAGAACUUCUAUGGGAAAUGAUGGCGCGCCGGCGAGGCGGCGAAAGACUGCGAUGGCGUGUUGUCAUUCUUUUGGAAUCAUUCAAGGCCAUCUGCCGCUUUUUAUUGAUGAAGCUCACCAGUGUCCGACCACUUGUACAGUCACCACUUCCGCUGAGAGAGGACUUUGCUCCCGUUGAAGAGGAGAAUCAGGACCAAGAUCUCUUGGAAGACGAGUUGCUCAUGGCUCGUGGCGCCGAUUUCGAUGUCAAGGAUGCUCUGGGAGUUGCAGGUGUACCCACACCACCACGCUCCGAUUCAGGAAAGCCAUCUUCUCUCUCGACCAGCGAGGCAUUCAAUAUGCCCAGAACUGGCUACACCCUCCCAACCCUUCCUACUCCAGAAAGUGUUUCUGCGUAUCUGUUAAACCAUGUCCUCACGGCCGAUGACGUGAAACCAGCAAAGCAGCUUCUGCACCAGCUGACAACAAUGGGCGGCCAGGCAGCCGAAAUCUUGUAUAUCGUCCGACCCGUAAUAUAUGCCUUACUCAUGCAACGGGUUGCUCGGUCUUAUGGCUAUGAAGGCACCAAAUGGAGGCGACACUGGACACCUUGGCUUACUGGCAUCUCAAUCGAGUUCCUGGCACGGCAGCUAGCUAAGCGAGACCUUGCAGCUCGUGUUCCUGGUGGCGCGAGAAAUGGUUUGUCGGCUUUGGAACGAGACGAGCUUAAGAAACGCGGCUGGAAUCUCGCCUGGUGGGGUAUGAGAGGAGCCUUUUACGAAACUAUCACCAAGAAAUGGAUCCAUGGCGCAUCUAAUGCUUUGAAAGGCAAGCCGCUUCUGGAUCUAGCCGGCGGCGUAAUAGAAGAUUAUGAGUUCUUAUGGGGUAGUUAUUAUUUCAGCACGUCAACAAUGUAA